AUGCGCCUCCAGGUUUCCUCAUUGUACAGCGGAGUAUUCUCUGUGACAAGGUCUACAGCCUCAUCAAAGCAAUUCCGAACCGGAUUCAGUGCUUACAUCUGGAUAUCUGUUACCCAAGCGCAUGUUGAUGCGCAGGCUCAGGUCUCUGGGGGACCGAACGAACUCUACUUACUGAGGCCUCAGAAUCCUGCGCCUGUCUUCAUGACAUCUCCUAAUGAUGCGGCGCCCUUCCAGCCUCCGGAACUGCCAACCGGCGUCGCCAACCCGAGACGGCCAAAGAUCAGGGCUUCGACAGAUUCUAUGGCAUCUUCAGUCUCGAAUCUGCCAUACCGAGCGUCUAAUCCCUCUGUUUUGUCCCUCUUCGCGUCAACAUCCACGCCAACUGGCUCCCGAUCUGCCUCCCCAAGCGGACUCGGAACCUCCUCUCGAAUGUCAGGCUCGGUAUUUGGAGGAACACCAGGAGAAGGAACACAGAUUGCUUCAGCAGAUCUGCCAGAGGACCCUCGAAAUCUCAUUCUGCAGGCUUUCGUACCACAUAUUGCAGUCCAUACCUCUACAGACACACAGGAACUAGUGAAGGACAAGGGCUUUGAUGGGGGGCUUUGGGAAUUACUGCGGCCAUUCGGAGAGCGUGUACAAGGGAAGGUCACUGUGAGGGAUAGCAUAGGAGCAGGCAAGGCUUUUGAGGAUUUCGCAGUACGAUUCGUCCAACUUGGAGAUGGACAGGAAAUUCCAGAGAUCCCGGGCUCCAGGAAAAGUGGCGAAGAAAAGAUUCCCACAACAAACAGCGCACCGAUAUCAGGGCCUAUUGCCGCUCAACGUGCGAGAACAGGAGGGGAUAUCGCUCCCAUCGAGGCCUUGGUGGACCGGCAUUUGACGCAUGCCGAGGACUACCCGAAUAUGGAUGGAGAAGACUACUUGUCAUUCAAGGAUUCACGGCCGAAAAAUCACGACAUUCCGUCCCCUUUCUACACCUUGUAUCUACGAAGACUAUUAUCCGGAAUCCCUUUGGCACCGCACGAGACAUUUUCACACCCUGUGGCAUGUGUUAUUGCAAUUAGCUCACGGAAUUCCAGCCCCAUAGAAACCCUUCGGAAAUUGUAUGAUGAGUCGAGCUUCGGGGAGAAGCGGUUACCUCUCUGGGUAAACAAUGAGUAUCUGAGAUACUAUGUUUUGGUACACGACGAGGAACGUGACGACAUUGCAAAAUCAAUCAAUUUGUUCGAGCAAAUGAAACGCCAUUUCGGUUUGCAUUGCCAUCUGCUCAGGCUUCGGAGUAGCCAAUGUGUGGCGACGGAUGAUGAUAGUGUUGAGCUACCAAGAUGCGAGUGGCUGUCCGCGUCGGAAGAGAUGGCUGAAAUCCGGAUUCGGGAACUGGAAGAAGACGUUGAAGACGCACAUCCAUGUAUCUUCGAGUCAGAUACGACUGCCAUCAGAACAUUUAUCCGGGAAAUGGUCACCCAAUCCAUUGUACCCUCGAUGGAGAGAUGUGUGGCUACCUGGAAUGACCAAGUUGCUUCGCGCCGGCGAGGGCUCAGCGGACGUCUCACAAAUAUAACGAAGAAAUGGUCUGUAUUUGGGAGCAGCUCAAAGACAUCCUCGAAUGGCUCUACUGGAAGCGGAUCGAGUGGCAACUAUGAUUCUACGCAAGGCUUUUAUCGACCGGAUGCUCCUGAAGCUAUCAUGCGAAAGCUGGCUGACUACGCUUUCAUGCUCAGAGACUGGAAGUUAGCACAGUCGACAUAUGAUUUGCUGCGAUCGGACUUUAAUAAUGACAAUGCAUGGAAAUACCAUGCCGGGGCAAAUGAGAUGGUGGCAAUCAGUACACUCAUGAAUGCGCAGUCAAUGAGCUCCAGGAUCAGGUCAGAAACAAUUGAUAAAUGGUUAGAAGCCGCUCAGUAUUCCUACUCUACUCGUUGCGGAGCAGGUUACGGCGCACUGCGAUCUAUUGCGUUGGUGAUGGAACUUCUGCGACUUCGUGGUGGGUCAGCAACCGAGGAUGCAGCGAACUGGGGCCAAAGACUCCUUGACUCAAAGGUCGUCGGCGUUGUAGGCGACGCACUCAUUAGAGAGCGCAUCGCGGUAUGCUACGCUUCCAAGAGAGGUUCAGGAUCCGGGGCGUGGGGUGCGAGGACGAGGAAAUCCGCGUGGUGGGGUGUUCGAGCGGCCGAUGCAUGGUUGACUCUCGGUAAACCCCAGCAAUCAAAACAACGCCUAGAUGAAGCGAUGGGGAAGUACUCGUCGCUGGCCCGCGAAGGAAGUGUAUCACAUUUCGCUGGUGCAAGCGACUUCAUUUCAUCUUUGCAACGGGAAAUCCAAUUGGCGCUGUAUCCCCUCUCUGCUAUAGAAGGCCCCGGAGGCAUGGACGACCUGAUUGAUACGUCGGUGGGGGAGGAAAGCGAGGCAUUUACAUCACGUCCCCAUAGGAGAAGCCUCAUGGGUGCCGCGCCACCCAUUAUAGCCAGUCUGGGUUCGGCACCUCUUCAUGGUACCUUAUUGGGAGGGGAAAAGGAAGCGACCCAGUCGGACCAAUUUGAGUGA